UGCAUCUUGUCGGCGAUCCACACCCUCGUCGCCAUGGCAUCAUCUUUCUUUGAGAACAACCCACAUCGUCGAUGGAACCCCCUGACGGAUUCUUGGGUGCUCUGCUCGCCGCACCGUGCCAAGCGACCCUGGCUUGGCCAGCAAGAGUCUCCUCAAAAGUCGAUCAGCACGAGCUACGUUUCGGACUGCUAUCUGUGCCCUCGCAACACCCGCUCCAACGGCGAAUCCAAGAACCCCGCCUACGAGGCUACGUUUGUGUUUGAUAACGAUUUUGCUGCUGUGAGCGAGUCGUAUGUCUCUGCAGAUGCUGUCUUUGCCCCCGGCCAGAGUCGAGAGGGCGAUUCAGUCGAGCCUGCCCCUGAUCACUCUCUCGUUCUCGCCGAGCGCUUGCUGCGAGCCAAACCGGUCCGGGGCAAGUGUAGGGUAGUCUGCUUCUCGCCCCAACACAACCUCACCCUCGCUGAGAUGGACCAGUCUGCAGUCGAGAACAUCAUCCGGGCCUGGAUUUUGGAAUAUGAAACUCUGGGCCAUUUCGAUUACAUCAACUAUGUCCAGAUAUUCGAGAACAAAGGUGCCAUCAUGGGCUGCUCGAAUCCUCAUCCGCAUGGCCAGAUCUGGGCGACCGAAUCUAUCCCUGAGGAGCCCUCGAAAGAGCUCCGGUCUCUGGCCCAAUACCGUAGCCAGCACGGUUCCUGCCUUCUCUGCGACUACGUUGGUCUCGAGCAAACUGACGGCGCCCGAACGGUGGCCGAGAACGAUUCAUUUAUUUGUGUCGUGCCUUACUGGGCCGUCUGGCCGUUCGAAAUCUUGGUGAUGGCCAAGACCCAUCUUGUCUCGAUCGUCCAGCUGAGCGACAAGCAGCAAACCGAUAUGGCCGACAUUUUACGUCGGAUGGCCUGUCGUUACGAUAACUUGUUCCAGUGCUCGUUCCCAUACUCUAUGGGCAUCCACCAAGCACCCACCGACGGCAAAGACCAUUCAGACGACUGCCAUCUGCACAUCCACUUUUAUCCCCCGCUGCUGAGAAACGCCAAUAUUAAGAAGUUCCUUGUCGGCUAUGAGAUGCUGGCCGAGCCCCAACGGGACCUCACUUCUGAGCAGGCCUGCCAGCGACUCAAGGCUUGUUCUGAAGUUCACUUCUCUCGGGCUGAGAAAGAGUUGAGGGAUCAAGCGCCCUUGCCUUCAUGAGAUGCACGUUUACCGUUGUUCUGAGAACGAUCGUGGCAACACAUAUGCGACACAAGAGUGCCAUACAGGCAAUCUGUUGACAACAAGAAUGAACUGAACUGAACACAAACACAUGGAGGACCACCAAAGCAGAGAGUACAACAAAGGAGGUUGGAUAACCCGACGACAGCGGUCACUUCGCCCAGCUAUCGGACGAGCUCGACAUUUCAGAAGGUGCUUUAGGAGGAAUAAGGGAGAUGGUUAAUGUGAGGAACGACUUGGAGUCCGAGAAGCCAUCAAUGAAAAAUGAUAUCGAUCAAGAGCGCGAUUUAUUGAGACAGGGGGAAACGGUUCCGACUCUCUUGAGAUGGAAUAAAAGAAAAGUGAAUUGAU